AUGACCCAACCCGCCGCUGGCAAGGCCACCGCCGGCGUGCUUCAAAUCCCAGUGGCAGCCACGCAAAAGUCCACUUCAACACCUGCAAAGAAGGCUCCCAAGCCCCCUGCUCCACGCCUCAAGCUAUUGAUUCGCCGUCUGCCCCCGGGACUGACCCAGGCCGAGCUUGAAAGCGCCCUGGGAGCGGAAUGGAAAGUGGGUGCGGGCAAGGUUGACUGGCUUCAAUACAAGCCUGGCAAAGUUUCGAAAGACCCCGCGAAACCCUCCCGCCCCUCUCGAGCAUACAUUCACGUACUGUCCAACGAACAUGCUGGCCCACUCUCAGAUCGAGUACGCCAAUCCUCAUUCCAAGAUGCUAGCCACACCUCCAACGACCCAGUGCUUCUGGGCCCUCCUACGCUAGAGUUUGCGCCUUAUGCGAAAACCCCCGGCAGUCGCGUGCGCAAAGAUGCCCGUCAGGGUACCAUUGACCAGGAUCCGGAGUUCAUUGCGUUCCUUGAGAGCUUGACACAGCCAAUUACCAAACCUGCCACCGUGGACUCUAUCGAAACCGAGGAGAAGAAGGCUGCGGUGGUGACUACCCCGCUGGUGCAGUUUAUCAAGGACAAGAAGGCGAGCAAGGCAAAGGAGAGCGCGGCUGCCAAAUCUUCCAAGCGAUCCGAAAAAGAGUCUAAGCAGGAGAAGGUACAGGCGAAGAAGCUACUGCAACGGCCAGAGAAGAAACUCGCGCCCGGUCCCUCCUCGGACGAGAAGCCCAAGGGAGAGAAAGCGGGCAAGGAAUCUGGCAAGGCAGCCAAGGCAGCGGCCAGUACAUCUACAAAGGGAGGCAAAGCGAGUGCCUCUAGUACUACAAAGGAGAACACGUCUGCUGCUGCGUCUGAGCGCAAGAGGGAACGAGGGAAUGUUGCCGCGGCAGCCAAGAUCCUUCAACGGGAUCUGGGACUGUCACAAGCUCCAGCCCGACGACGAGGGAAAGGUGCAGCCAACGACACGACCUCUGCUAAGAACGAAAGCUCUCGAGAGUCGUCAGUCCCCGCAUCCGAAGGCAGCAAGAAGGAGGCACCAUCCAAGCCCGCCAAGAGUGCCGCUAGCUCUACGAAAGCCAAGGAUCGAGAGGGUGGUGCAUCACCGUCUUCCCGAGCCUCUGGUACCGCAACUCCUCCAGCUAAUGCGACUGCCCCGUCAACGAAAUCGGCCAAGGGCGCCAAAGCUAAAGCAACUGCGAGCCCGACUCCCACCGCAACCCAAGCCUUCCUCAAGCACGCCAAUGCAUCUCAAGGUGUGACCGAGGCCCUCUUAGAGGCAGCCUUCACACCGUUCGGCACGGUGACCAAGGUGGAGAUUGACAAGAAGAAGGGCUUUGGAUAUGUGGACUUUGCAGAGCCCGAGGGCCUUCAGAAAGCCAUGGCCGCCAGCCCCGUCUCCGUAGCUCAGAGUCAGGUCGUGGUGCUUGAGCGCAAGGCCAAUCCUGGUGGUGAAAAGUCACGGAAAGGAGGAGGUGGUGGUGGUGGUCGAGGUGAUACGGCUCAGCAAGCCAAGGGCGAGAAGGCAAAGGCAAAGGCGAGUGCGAGUGCGAAUGACGGGGACAACGCGAAUGGCGGAGGCGGCGCUGGAGGUGGCGGAUCGUCUCGGGGCUCACGAGGAGGACGUGGAUCUCGAAACAAGGGUGCUAAAGGAGGUGAUGGAUCGAAGGGAGGGUCGAGCAGUGGCACGGGUGGUGGUGCAUCGGGAGAGAAGAGCGGGGGAGGAGAGGCGAAGUGA